AUGGCCGCCUCCGUGGCUCUGCUGAGCGACGGCUUUGUGACCGCGCCGGCCGUCGAGGAAGAUGAGGAGGCGGUGCCGCUCUCGCAGUCGACCCAGCUGCUGCAGCGCAAGAAGGAGAUGGCCGCCGUGCAGCUCGAGCUCGACAAGAAGAAGGACGAGUUCCUCUCGAGGAUGCGGCGGUGCACGGAGAGGGAGGAGGAGCUGGCGGAGCGGCAGGACGCCAUCAAGGAGCAGGUGCGCAAGUUCGACAAAUUCCUGAAGGAGAACGACGCCAAGCGUGCGCGCGCCCUCCGGAAGGCCGGCGAGGAGGCCAAGAUUCGCGAGGCGCGUGAGGCCGAGAGGGUGGCGCUCGAGGCGGAGCUGCUCAGGCAGCGCGCAGCGCAGGGGGAGAUUGAGGCGGCGCUGAGGAACCUGGAGCGGCCCGAGCAGUUCCUCGCCAGAGCGUGCGAGCACUCGGACUACUUUGAGGACAUCGAGGCCAUCCUGAGGCGGCACGAGGUCCUCGAGGCGACGCACGCCGAUCUUCUCGCUCGCGUCAAGACCUCCGAGGAGCAGACGCUGCAGCGGCGCGAGGAGCUGCACGAGACGCGGAAACGCACGCAGACCGAGGCGCUG